GCAAAAGUCGCUGGCUGACUGACUGAAGCAGCGGCGGUUGCUUUACGGUAGCUGAGAGGUCGUGAGUGAACUGUGGGCCUGAAGAAGGUUAAAGUGACUCUGAUCCAAACGAACCAUGCCAUUUGUAGACCUCCAGUCAAAACUGGGCAUUAAUCUGGACCAGUGGCUGUUGGCUCAGAGCGGGGAGCAGCCACAGAAGCGGGUCGCUCGCUGUCAUGCCUUCGAGAAGGAGUGGAUCGAGUGUGGUCAUGGUAUCGGCCAGACGCGAGCCAAAAGAGAAUGCAAACUUGAGUUUGAAGACUUCUACGAGUGCAUGCAUCGCCAAAAGACACAAAAACGCUUGUAUGAGAUUCGUAAGCAGAGGGACAAGUUGAUAAAGGAGGGAUCCUACACGCCUCCUCCACAGCACACAGGCAACGAAGAGGCGCGGCCAUAAAACCAGCAACUCCAGACAGAACUCACUCUUAACCCAGUCAUCUGUUGUACAGUUGCUUCCUCACUUAUGUAUUAUAAAUAAUAUUGCUGUAUCAACAUUGUUUCAUGUUUGAGAAAUAAAUAUAUUGAUUCCAUGUGA